AUGAAUUUUUCUCAGGUCAGCACGAUAGAGGAAUACGGAGUGUAUACGAUGCUGCCCGCGCAGCAACUAGCUCCUAUCAGCCCUUGGCCACCUGAUGGAGUAUUGGAUCGUAUGGACGACCUGGUGCACAAAGGUCACAGCGGUGUUAACCAGCUCGGCGGCGUGUUUGUAGGAGGCAGACCUCUCCCGGACUCGACGAGACAGAAGAUAGUGGAACUGGCGCACUCCGGAGCCCGGCCCUGCGACAUCAGUAGGAUACUGCAAGUGAGCAACGGAUGUGUGUCCAAGAUACUGGGGAGGUAUUACGAGACCGGUUCAAUCAGACCUCGUGCGAUCGGCGGGUCAAAGCCUCGUGUGGCUACAGCCGAAGUUGUCAGUAAGAUAGCCCAAUACAAGAGAGAAUGUCCAUCCAUCUUCGCCUGGGAGAUAAGGGACCGCCUGCUCAGCGAGGGUGUCUGCACAUCAGAUAAUAUACCAAGCGUUUCGUCAAUUAACCGCGUGUUACGCAACCUGGCUGCUCAGAAAGAGAAGUCUAGCAACCAACAACCGUCAAAUGAUUGUUCUACGCCUGUGUACGAGAGGUUGCGGUUGUUGGGUACCCCGGGGUCAGCGCCAACUUGGCCGAGGUCACCUUGGCCCACGCAGAUAGACACAAGAACACCACCUUACCAGCUACACAGCUUAAGCCCCGGACCUCAAGCUAUUGGCUGCAAUGGAACAGAAUUACCGAUCAUGAAGAAAGGCGAAGAACCGCUGGAAGGUUUAGAAGCUCUUCAUUCAGAUGAAACUGGUUCAGGAGACAAUUCUAACGCGGGUUCCAGUGGGGCUGAUGAAGACGCAGCGAGACUUAGAUUGAAGAGGAAGUUACAGAGGAACAGAACCAGCUUCACUAACGAACAGAUUGAUAACUUGGAGAGAGAAUUCGAGAGAACACACUACCCCGACGUAUUCGCGCGAGAGAGACUCGCGGCUAAAAUAGGACUACCUGAAGCAAGGAUACAGGUAUGGUUCUCGAAUCGGCGCGCGAAGUGGCGUCGCGAGGAGAAGAUACGCAGCCAGAGACGCAGCCCCGAGUGCUACACGGCGCAUGCGCACGCGCACGCACACGCGCACUCGCACGCGCACGCGCCCGCACCGGUGACGCACGCGCACGCGCCCGCACUGACCGCGCCCGCGCAACACACUCAGCAUCAGUACCAGCCGCCUCUCAACGUAGAUACAUACAGCCCGCUAACCCCGAUGGGCUACAGCGGCGGCAUGGUGGGUGAUACACCGGUGUGUGAGGCCGGGGACGAGCUGUGUAAGGGAGGCUUCCUGGGCUACCCGCGGUACGACCUGCCUUCAUACAGACACUACAACCACGGAUACCAACAUGAACCAGCCUCGCCUCCGCCGGAGCAUGUUGUAACAGAGCUCGGCGGGCUGCUCGGGGCGGGCGUGUCCGUGCCGCUGGCUGUGCCGGGACACGAGCAGCAGUACUGGCCGAGACUACAGUGA